CUGAAAUGGAGUCGGAAGCGUUGGAUGCUAGCAAGCCCUUUACAGUACAAGGCGACCACCUGAUUCCAGACCUGGGCCUGUGUGAUGCCGACAUCUACGCUGCCCCAGGCCCGCCACUGCUCAAGGAAGAGCAUGAGUCGUCGUUUUCGGAACCGGCCCCACGGCUUUUCACCAGCAACUCUCGGUGGCAGAACAUGACCCCGAGCGCCCGUGCCCGCCAGCUGUGGCUGCUCCUGCGCGCAGGCCUCCAGACCUUUGUGGAAAAGGAGAAGAGAGCGGAGCUCCGCGCGGCGCGCCUGACGCACGGGCUGGAGCCGCUGCGCCGCCUGGAGGUGGCAGCCGGGCUGUGUUCGGUAGCCCAGGACCCCGUGGGCGGACGCUUCGUGGUGCUGGACGGCGCGGGCCGCCUGCACCUGUACAGAGAGGAUGGCUGGGCGCAAGGGCAGCUGCUGGCUCCCGUGGCGCUUACAGGGCUGGUGGCAGUGCCGGGCCCGCUGGGGGCCGGGGGCCGCUUUGUGGGCUGGGGCCCAGCGGGGCUGGCCAUACUAAGGGCUGACCUCAGCCCGCUGUGGCUGAGCAAGCCAGGCGAGCGCGGGGUGCCGGGCCGCACGCCCCUCUGCUGCCUGCCGGUGCCCGAUUCGGGGCUGCUGCUGGUGGCGGAGGCAGGCGGCAGCCUGGCGCUCUGGAAGUUCCGCUCAGGGGGUCGCUGCCUGGUUCCCCACGGGUCACCUCUGCUGCCGCCGCCAAGCCUCUCGGGUGCGCUUGCGCGCCUGGCUCUGGGGCCUCUGCCUCCCCAUCACGUCCCACGCUGCUUCGCAGCCUGCGGCUCAGCCGUGCUCACCUUUGACCUGCACACCUGGGCCCUCGUAGAUGUGCGUCGGGAUCUGCACAAAACCACCAUCUCCGACCUGGCGUACUGCAGAGAGGCGGAGGCCGUGGUGACGGCUUCCCGGGACAGCACGGUGAAAGUGUGGGAGGCCGGCUGGCAGAUCCGGAUGGUGUUCGUGGGACACACAGGCGCGGUGACUGCGGUGGCCGUGCUCCCCAACACGGCCCUGGUGCUGUCGGCUUCGCAGGACGGGACGCUGCGCACGUGGGACCUGCAGGCAGGGGCGCAGGUGGGCGAGGUGGCGCUGCGCCGCUGGGGCCGCGACGAGCAGGGGGACGCCGUGAGCCGCCUGCUGGCCCCCGCCGGCCCUGGCUGGCCCGCGCUCUCCCUGCGCGCCCGCAGCCUGGAGCUGUGGCGCCUGCGGGAGCUCUACUCGCCGUUGGCGCAGCUGUCGGCGCGGGUGCUCCACCUGCAGGUGGCGCCCGCGCUGCCCGCGCCCACGGCCGCGCCCGCGCCGCUGCCCACGCGCCUCGUGUGCGCCUGCGCCGACGGCUCGGUCUACCUGGUGUCGGUCUCGAGCGGACGCGCGGUGAGCGCGCUUCUGCUGGAGCCCGAGGACUGCGCGUCCGCCGUGGCCUACUGCCUGCCGCGCGAGGCUCUGUGGCUGCUGACGCGCGCCGGGCACCUGCUGUGCGCCAACGCGGCGCGCUGCCCCAUGCGCGUGCUGCGCCGCCUGUGCCCGCCGCCGCCCCCGGCGCCCCGGCCCUGCUGCCUGCACCUCUACAGCCACCUCACCGACCCCAGGGGCGCGCUCGCCAACUGGGAGAUGGUGCGCCAGUGCAAGGGCGAGCUGGGCCGCGGCGACGUGGCGUGGGCCUGGAAGGACAAGAACCGGUACCUGCCCGUGGUGGGGCACACUGACGGCACGCUGUCCGUACUCGAGUUGCGCUCCGCGAAGACGGUCUUCCGUACAGAGGCGCACGGCCCAGGCCCCGUCACCGCCAUUGCGUCCACCUGGAACAGCAUCGUGUCCUCCGGGGGAGACCUGACGGUGAAGAUGUGGCGCGUCUUCCCGUACGCGGAGGAGAGCCUGAGCCUCCUGCGCACCUUCUCCUGCUGCCAGCCGGCGGCGGUGCUCUGCGCCCUCGGGAAGCGCGUCACGGUGGGCUUCGAGGACCCGAACAGUGCCACCUACGGCUUGGUGCAGUUUGGCCUGGGCAGCAGCCCACGCUAUGAUCACCGGCCCCAGGACGACCCCACGGACCACAUCACCGGUGAGGGGGCAGGGCAGAGGGGAAGCCCAGGCCGCCAGAUGGCUGCGGCCCCUGACCCCGAGUCCUGGCCCCCAGGCCUGUGCUGCUGUCCCGCACUCAAGCUGUUUGCCUGUUCCAGCCUGGACUGCACGCUCCGCGUCUGGACAGUGGAGAACCGCCUGUUGCGGCUCCUGCAGCUGAACGGUGCUCCUCAGGCCCUGACCUUCUGCAGUAACAGUGGAGACCUGGUGCUGGCCCUGGGCUCCCGCCUUUGCCUGGUGGCCCCCCAGCUCUACCUGCCCACAUCUUACCUGGUUAAGAAUCUGUGCCAGGACGUCCCUGAUGCGGUGGAUGACCCUCCACUGCCGCUGACCAGCCAGGAGUCGCUGACCUCAGCCCAGCUGCAGAGGCUCGCCAGCCUGCGCGGGGUGGCCAGCCUCAGGUCUGCCGGCAGGCUACGGGCCUGGCCACCCACCCCUGAGUCCCCGUCCCAGCCUCUGCCCUGUCCUACUGGUAUGCCACCCAGUGUCCCACCUGUGCCCCUCCCUGUCUGCAGCACAGCCUUGUUUGUCAUCCAUGGCCCGUCGGCAGCGCCUCAGCAGCCAGUGUUGGAGGAGGACGUGGAAGCCCUGGUUGCCCGGGACCAAGACCUUCAGCAGCUGAGAUGGGGGUUGGUGGGUCCAGCAGCCCAGCCCCCACCCUCCUGGCAACAGCGCCAGGAGGCCUUUGAUAACUACCUGCGUCUGAUCUAUGGCCCUGGCCUGCUGCUGCUGGCCCGCUCCUCCCUGAGCUGCGAACUGGGCCUCGGCCUGGACCUGCAGCUGCAGUGGGAGCUGCUCCGCAGGGAGAAGCCUGUGACCCCAGAUCCACCGUCCUCCCACCUGCAGCGCAGGAUCCCCCUGCUGCUGAAGAGGCGACCGCAGGAGCUUCUCUCCAACCUCAGGGGCUUCUUCCCUGCCACCGUUCAGCCCUGUAAGUACGGGCGGCGGCCCAUCCACUUCCCGGGCUGUGUGCCCAACUCGGCGGUGCUGCAGCAGAUGUGGCUACCUGGGGAGGUCAGCGGCCUUGGCCUCGGAGCCCGGGUCCAGCGCAGGAGCAGUAGCAAGGCAAGGGGCGGGGCGGGGCGGGGCGUGGUCUGCGGAGACGCCAUUGGCCACGGCCUGGCUCUCCCCCUCGCAGUCGGGCAGGAGCCUGGACGACCUGUGGCUGCCGCGGGGCAUCAGGCGGCACCGCGCCAAGUGGCAGCAGAACCUGAUCCGGUGGUUGGGGGAAUAGGAGGAGGAGCUGGAUCUGGACUGGGCCUCGGAUUCCCUGAGUCCCUAUGGGCAGCUCUCAGCUCCGAGAAUCUCAUCCCGAAGCCCACGGGCUCCCGCGAGAACACCGCUGGGGCCAAGACCGGUCUUCACUGCACCCAAUUCCACUACGGGCGCUCACUCUGGGAAGAGCGCUGCGGGCAUCUUCCUAGGUUUCUGCAUUUUUUCGUCAGCCAGAACUGGUUCAAAAAGCUGUUCCCCAUCUUCACCCUGCAGGCAUACCCCGAGGUGGGCACGGUGGAGGGCCUGGCCUCGCUGUUCGUGGACCUGCUGGACGAGGCCUCCUGGGCAGACCGCGUGCACAUCUUGCACGCGCUGCUGAGGCUGCUGCCCGAUGUCAGCAGUGAUCUCUGUAGCCGGCUGCAGGGCAUCCUCCUGCGCUUGCUCAACCUGGACCAGCCCCCCAGCCUCCAGGACUGGUUGCAGCGGCAGUUCGUGAUGCUGGCGCUGCAGCUGCUGCUGGCCUGCUCCCUGGAGUCCCGCGAGGUGGUGCUGGAGCUCAUGUCCUACUUCCUCUACUCGCCAGCCUCCUGCCGGCCAGAGCUUAAGAAGCUACUGGAUGGACUCGGCCUUCAGGACCCGCAAGGCUUCUUGUUCAAGGAGAUGAUGACCUGGGUCCAGGGCCCGGACCUCGAUUCCAAGGCUGCCCUGCGCAGGCGCUGCUGCCAGAAGCUGGAGGAAAUGAUCCAGCAGCUGCAGGUGCAGCACGUGCUGGCACAGAUGCGCUUUGGGCGCAGCCGACGUGCACUGUCUGAGACGCUGACGCACUUCCGCCCCUCGCUCGAGGCCCACUCGCGGUCCUCCGCGCCCGCCGCACCGCCUGAUGGGCCCCUGCCUCUGGAGCGGACGGACUGGUCACGGUCAAAAAUGCUGGACCUGGGGCCCAUUGACGCACUCAACGUCUUCUGCCGGCGGCAGCGGCGCCCCGGGCAGGAGCCGCCCGAGAGCCCGCCCCCGGCCCCGCCCCCACAGGGGCCCCGCGUGGUGCCGCCGCGGCCCCGGGAUCCCCGGCACGACUCCCUCCUCCGGCUUCGGGAGGCCAGCGUCCAGAGGUCUCCCGUGAACCUGGGGGCCAAGGUCUCCCGGUCUUGCUGGCCCCCAGGCCGAAUGCUGCACCGGCUCUGGGUGGACCGCACGCUGGAUGGCGCCAUCCGGAGGCUGAAGCUGCCGCUGCCCCGGGUGGAGCUGCAGCCUUUCCCCCCUGACUGGCCCAGGCCCGCCCGUCCGCGGCCCCCACGGCUCCUGCAGCCUGCCCUGCAGCGCUACUUUCUGCCAGAUGACACGGACCCUGACAGCUACAGCUGACCCCGUUAGUGGCCUUGGCCCGGCGCUGUCUUCCCCUCUUCCCUCCAGCGUGGAGUCAGGACACGGCCCUCCAGCCCGCUGUUCACCCCUAGCCGAGACCCAGGGCUGGAAUAAAGUCCAGAGGGCCCAGACAGCACACUGGAUGCCACCUUCACCUUUGGGGGUCACUGAGGUGGGCAGGGGGGUCUGGCUGGUGUGUUGUGAACCUGCUGGUGGCCAGUUGCAUGUGUGAGGCAGGAGCUGGGGGCCUGGUGGGACAGGGUCUGGGCUGGGAUCAGCACAUGGUGGGAGGAGUGUUCUCGGGGGAGGGCUCUCUGCCCAGAGAGGGAACCCAUAGCACUGGUGGGUCCCUGCUCAGGCAUUUAGCCAACGUUUCUUAGUUAAUUAGUGGGGUUGGGACGGGAGAGGGGAGGGUCUGGGUGGUCGCAGGUGUGUGUGGGGGGAACCUGCAGUCCUUUGAUGCAGGUGAAACCAGGAGUCUGUCAGAGCUUUGCUCUCUUUAGGCUGGAAAGGGGAAGAGUAGAUGAAGGGGCCCCACGUGCUUUAUCCGAGAAGCAGUGGAGGGGCAGUGUCCUCUGGACCUUUCAGCCUAAAAGUCACCAGGAAGCUGAGCUUGUCUGUGAAGCUCAGGGUCUGGGGGCUCAGCCUUCUUCUGAACUGCCAUGACCUCAGAGGGCACCGACCCAACCACGCGGGGGGCCAUGUGCCCACUGGCUGUUAGCACGGCUUCUGUGAAGGGCCUGUUCCAGCUUCUUACAUCCUGCUGCUGGGUUUCCUGAGCAGUGAUUUCUUUCCUGUAUUUUCAGCCUCUGACUUUAGAUGUUUCGUCUCAGUGCCUUUGUGGUUAAAGGUGGUCUUCCACACCUUUCCCACAACCCUCACCUGUGCAGGGGCUUUUGUUGUGGCACUGCUGAGUGGGCAGCUAUUUCCCAGGCCGAGGAGGGCCAGAAGUGCCAGGUCCAGAAAACUGAAAGACGUGACUUUUUGUAAAAGGAACUGCACCUGCUAAAACAAGGCCAGUGAGACCCGGGGGAGUCUGCUUCUACUGGUGUUUCUAUGUCUUAAAUUAUAGAAGCAAUAACUGCUUUGAAAAAUACAAACAUGGGAGUUCCCUGGCAGUCCAGUGGUUAGGACUCCAUGCUUUUACUGUCAAGGGCUCGGGUUCGAUCCCUGGUUGGGGAACUAAGAUCCCACAAGCCAUGUGGCACGGCCAAAAAAACCCAGCAUACAAACAUGAAAAAGGAGGGCAAAAGUUUAAACCGGUCCAAACCCCCACUAACCAUAAAGGAAAACAUUAAUAUAUUUAUUAAUACAUAUUAAUAUGUAAUUAUUUUAAAAUUAGGAAAUCUGUUAACCUAAACAUAUCAUUAAGAGAGUAAAAAACUCAGGCCACAGAGUGGGAAAAGGUAUUUGAAAUACAUGUAGCUAAAAAGGGCUUGUCUCUAAAAUAUGUAAAUAAGUUCUACAAAUCAAUAACAAUUAAAACAAAAAUCACACAACCCAAUAUAAAAACGUACAGAAAGCUAGAAUGGGAUUUCCACUAUAGAAAUUUUUGUUUGUUUGUUUGGCUGCAUUGGGUGUUUGUUGCUGCGCGCGGGCUUUCUCUAGUUGUGCUGAGCAGGGGCUACUCUUCCUUACGGUGCAUGGGUUUCUCAUUGCGGUGGCUUCUUGUUACAGAGCAUGGGCUCUAGGCGUGCGCGCGGGCUUCAGGAGUUGUGGCACUUAGGCUUAGUUGCUCCGAGGCAUGUGGGAUCUUCCUAGACUAGGGCUGGAACCCAUGUCCCUAGCAUUGGCAGGCAGAUUCUUAACCACUGCGCCACCAGGGAAUUCCUCAUAGAAGAUGUUGAAAUAGCAAAUUAUCUAUCUAUCUACCUAUCUAUCUAUCACCUAUCUAUCUAUCUAUCUAUCUAUCUAUCUAUCAUUUCCCACUUCCUGACAGUGUGACCUUAAGCAAGUUACCUAGGUUCUCUAAGCCUCAGUUUCUGGUCAGUGAAAUGUGGAUAAUUAUGCUACAACGCCUCACAGGACUGCGGUGAGGAUUAAGGCCUUUAGGAACAGUGCUGAGCACAGUGUAUGAAGACAGAAACAGAGCUGGAACCCUUCCUCACAUCAUUUAUAAGUGACUUAUAAGAGUAAUUUUCAGAUGAGUUGAAGAUUGAAAUGUGGAAAAUAAAACUAUAAAUAUAUCAGAAAGUAAUUUAGAAAAAUAAUUAACUUAGAACACUUAGAAAAGACAGACAUAUUUGCUGAUUAAAGAAUUUUUUUCAUGGCAAAAGACACCAUAAAGACAAAACUCAAAGCAGAUCAUGCCUUUAAAGGUAAAAUUACAAAAAUUUAGGAAGAAAAUAUAAAAAUCUCUUGGACCUAGCAAUCGAUGAAGAGUCUUAGACAUAAUGCCCAAGGCACCAGAUGUAAAGGAAAACAAAUCAAUAAAUUGGACUUUAUCAAAUUUUAAAACUUUUGCUCUGUGAAAAGCUGUGUUAAUAAGAUGAAAAGACAAUGUACAGACUGGGAGAAAAUAUCUGCAAAGGACACAUAUGCAGAAGAUACAUGCAACUUUCAAAAUGAACUGUAAAAACCAGACAGUCUCAUCAGAAAACGGGACAGAAACAAAGCAGACGUUUCUUCCUGAAGGAGGUGAAGAUGGCAGCCUUGUGCAUGAGAAGAUGCCCCCAUCAGCACCGUGAGGGAAGUGUGAAUUAAGAACGGCUCAGAUUUAAAGAGCGACACCCCCACACGCUGGAGAGGAUAUGGAGCAACUGCACUUCCACCCGAUGCAGGUGGGAAUGGAGACUGGUCCUGACGGUGGAAAGUGACUUGAAUACCAGGACUCGGCAGUCGUGCUGCUGCGCGUUUAUUGCAGAGAGAUGAGGACUCAGUCCACACAAAACGCUGUGCACCAGUGUUUACAGCAGCUUUAUUUGUAACAGCCGCGAACUGGCAGUGACACAGAGGUCCUUGGACAGGUGAGUGGCUCCAGACGGCGGCACACCCACACCGUGCAUACUUCUCAACGAUAAAAGGGAGCAAAUUAUUGACACAACCUGGAUGAAGCUGUAGAUAAUUAUGCUACGUGAAAAAAGCCAAUCUCAGAACAUUCCAUUUAAAGUGCAUUCUUGAAGUGACAGAAUUAGAGAGGUGAAGGGCGGAGUAGUGGUUGCCUAGGGUUAAGGAUGGGCAGGAGAAGGCAGAGCAGGAGGGAGAUCUUUGUGGUGAUGAAACAGUCUCUGUUUUGACUGUGAUAUUGGUUCAGUGAAUCUACACAGGGAGAGAGAGGCAUGGAACUACACACACCUUCGUUUGGACAUUGUAUUAUAGCCUCAUAAGAUGUAACCAUUGAAGAAGCUAGAACAGGUGGCUUUAUAGAGACAGAAAAUAGCCAAGAGGUCCCUGGCGGGGUUAGGAGCUUAUGCAAUUUCUGCUGUAGGGGGUGAAAACGUUUUGGAAAUACCCAGUGGUGAUAGUGGCACAACAUUGUGGGUGUAAUUAAUGCCACUAAUCAUGCACUUAGAAAUAGUCAAAUGGGGGAACUCCCUGGCCGUUCACUGCUUAGGACUCCAUGCUUUUACUGACUAGGUCAGUUAAGUCCCUGGUUGGGGAACUAAGAUCCCACCAGCUGUGUGGCACGGCUGAAAAAAAAAAAAAGGUAAAUGGGUCAAUUCUGCUCUUUGUAUUUCCACACCACUUACUACAGUUAAUGCAACAACCAGAAAUCACCGAAUAUAAAUGGAUGACCUGCAAGGCACGUGAAUUAUAGCUCAGUAUGUUCCUGACCGGAGCUUGCGACCACAUGCCUGACGCACAGCAAAGCAAUCCACUGACACUGGGCUGUGGGGAGGGAGGGUACAGCGCGUACUGCAGGCGCCAAUCAAGGAGAACUGGCCGCUCACGUUCAAAAGACCCACACUCCCCAGUGGCUUUCAGGGAAGGGGUUUUAAAGGCAGCAUGAGGGAGGGGUCAUGGGUCUUGUGAUCAGUUUGCGCAUAGUUCUCUGACUGGUUGAUGCUGGGGUAACAGGGUGCCAGGUAUCUUGGGAAUCUCAGCUGUCAGUUUUCUGGGGUCUGAGUGCUGGUGGUCCGCAUGCAGUUAACUUCUUCCACCUGCUGGGGCUUUUGUUUCUGCAAAACCACUCAGGGACAUGGCUCAGGAUGUUUGUAGCCUUCGAGUAGAACUAAACGUCCUUGACUUUGUUUUAUGGCUAUUAUUACUUUGUCUAGACCGCUUUCCUUUUUUUCUGCAUUUUCUCACUACUCUGAUUAAAUCUGCUCUUUGGAACUUGGGGAAGGCCUAGGACACUAAAGCUCUUCUACAAGUAAGAGGUGGGGGGCAUGGUGGGGGGAGAUGUCUGUCCCCAGGAAGGCCCUACAGGGUCUUGUUUGGUUUCAAAUCAAGCUUUUUUUUUUUUUUUUUUUAAAUAAUCAGAAUUUCUUUUCUUUUUUUUUAAUAUUUAUUUUUUUGGCUGCAUUGGGUCUUCAUUGCUGUGUGUUGGCUUUCUCUAGUUGUGGUGAGUGGAAGCUACUCUUUGUUGUGGUGUGCAGGCUUCUCAGUGUGGUGCCUUCUCUUGUUGCAGAGUGCAGGCUCUGGGCACACAGGCUUCAGUAGUUGCAGCACGUGGGCUUAGUUGUGGCUCGGGGGCUCUGGAGCUCAGGCUCAGUAGUUGUGGUGCACGGGCUUAGUUGCUCUGCAGCAUGUGGGAUCUUCCCAGACCAGGACUCAAACCCGUGUCCCCUGCAUUGGCAGGCAGAUUCUUUUUUUUUAAAAUAAAUUUAUUUAAUUUAUUUAUUGGCUGCAUUGGGUCUUCGUUGCUGCACACGGGCUUUCUCUAGUUGCUGUGAGCGGGAGCUACUCUUCACUGUGGUGCGCAGGCUCCUCAUUGUAGUGGCUUCUCUUGUGGAGCACGGGCCCUAGGCGCGUGGGCUUCAAUAGUUGUGGCACAUGGGCUCAGUAGUUGUGCCUCAUGGGUUCCAGAGCACAGGCUCAAUAGUUGUGGCGCACGGGCUUAGUUGCUCCGAGGCACGUGGAAUCUUCCCAGGGCAGGGCUCGAACCCGUGUCCCCUGCAUUGGCAGGCGGGUUCUUUACCACUGCGCCACCUGGGAGUCCGUCAGGCAGAUUCUUAACCAUUGCACCACCAGGGAAGUCCCUCAAAUAAAGCUAUUUUUUUUUAAAUUUUAUUUAUUUAUUUAUUAUUUUGGGGGGGGUACACCAAG